AUGGCCUCCAGUUUCAGCUAUCACGAUGUCAUAUUGUUCUUGUUGUCUUUGAAUGGACUCUCCUGUGAUAUUGUGGAGUUAUUCCCAAGAGAAGUGUUAUCCAAAAUUCUUGUGCAUGUGGUGUCUAAUUCUAUCGUCGAUUUUCUCAAUACACGAUUGAGUUACAAGACUUUUAAUGAAGUAUCGAAGCACAAUUACAUCUUUGAAAGCGUUUCGCUUAAGAACAUCAACAUAGCAGUCGAUAAAGAUAAUAUCAAGGUCAUAUAUGUUUAUGUAAUUAUUCUAAUUUAUUCUGGGGGUGAAUUAAGAGACGAAGGACUUCAAAUCGUGAAAACUCUUGAUCUCACCAAUUUAAAAAAAAUAAAUUUAGAUGUUAUUCGUUCAAAGAUCAAUGUGAUGCACUGUAGUCCUACCUGUGCAGUUUGA